UGUGUUCCAGCACUUCCGCAUUUUGCCUUUUUUACUGUUUCUUGAAAAAAGUCACCCCUGUCUCGGCCCAAACUCAAGUCUUUGUGACGGAUAUAAACUCUUAUACCUUCCUGAACUUGCCUAGAUGCUGGGUAAAGAGGUUAGAGAGGCAGGAUCAUGUUCCAGAGACUUUGGGGUGGACAAGAAGCUCCAAGUGGCCAGUCGUCUCCGAGGAUGAAACUGAAACAGGCUGAACCUGAAACCAUCAAAGAUGAUCAACCACUAAAUCCAUAUACAGAGAUUCAGAUUCUUCAACAUCACAAAGAUAUUGUCAGACAUCUUAUCGCUGUGGAUGAAGAAAGAUUUGUGUCAGCUGGGGAUGAUGGUGUUGCUGUUGUCUGGGACAUCGGGAUUGGCCGAAAGAUCUGCACCCUGAUUGGUCACACACGUCAAAUUACCAGCUUACUGGUGCUGAAGCCCCACAUUGAUCCAGUCCUUGGUAUGUACAACAGUAGUGUUUAUAUACUGACUGCAGCCUCAGACAAGCAGAUGAGAGUAUGGGAUAUUGAAAGUGGAGAAUGCAUUCAGGUGAUAUCUGAACAUGCAAGCUAUGUGAAGUGCCUGCUGUCUCUUGAUGAAGGUGACCUAGUCUGCUCCGGUGGUGAGAAGCUGUGUCUCUGGGAUAGGAAAGGAAACAUGCUGCAUGAGUUCACAAGGAAUGACAAUGAGGAAGAAAACAACAGUGUUCCAGCAGAUGUUCACCUCCUUAUACUCAUCAAGAACGAUCAAAUUGUGGCAGCAUGUGAAAAACAACUAGUCGUUUAUUCAAUAAAUGAUCUCCCAGAUGUUGAAGGUGGUAUUCAGAACAAGCAGUUGGAGAGAGUGAGGAAAUUAAGGCCUCACAGGGAGGCUAUUAGAGCUCUCAUAAAUGUCUCGGAAGCCACGUUUGCCAGUGGAUCACUUGAUGGGACGAUAAUCCUGUGGACAACGCACAGCCACUCACCGACACGUUAUUUCAAUUCUCAGGGAGAAUAUGAAGGAAUGUACCAUGAUUACCCUCACUGUAUUCAACAUAUGAUUUGUGUGGAAGGGCGAUAUGUGGUUGCGGCCAUAGGAUCUGGUUACUGUGUCUAUGACAUCAUUGCAAGCAAACACUUGGCACGGAAAUAUGCAGCUCAUCUUUCAAAAAUUGUUCAUUUAGAACUUGUUUACAAUGGUUGUUUCCUGGCUACAUGCUCAGAGGAUGGUGCUGUAAGACUCUGGGGAAACAGGAAAUACUUUAACAAAAAGGAGGAGGUUGUGAAUAAACUUCCAGCUUCGCCUUCAGUCAUUGAGAGACUACUUGGAACCAGUAAGGAAGGCUUGAAGAAGUUGAUGGAAGAAGACAAAUAUGUCGAGCCGGAUCUGCUGGGAGAGUGUCUUGCUCAUUCUGGAACAGUCCAGAAAAUGUUGGAUUUUGGUCAAGAAGGCUUUGCAACAUGUGGGUUGGAUGGACUGGUUAUAAUUUGGAGGGAUGGAGUAGUCCGGACCAAAAAAAGAGUUGAGAUUGCCCGCGAUAUGGUGCUAGGUGAAGAUUUACAAUGAGUAGAAAAACGGGCAGUAUAUGCAUUCCACCUUUGGAUGAGAGCAAUGGCAGUUACUUCAGUUGUGAACUUUGGAGAUGGGUUUGAUAUGGACAUGCCAUAAAAUUAUUUUUUACACAUAUACCGUGUCUUAAUGUUUUUUGAUUCUCAUUCAAACAAUCUAUUAUAGAUAAUGUUUACAUGUUUUAAUUCUGAUCUAACAGUAUAUGGUACUCAACAAUGUUAGAAAUAAUGAACCUUUCUGGCUGAAGCAAAUUCACUAACCCAAGCAUACUAAAGUUCAUGGUUUUAGUUUAACUUUUUAACUUUGAUCAUGUGUGAUUCUGUAUAAUCGAUCGUUCUGAAGCUGAUCAAUGUUCAGAUUGUGAAAAUGUCUUUAGAGUACAUGUACUUAUGCAUGUGAUACUUAUAUUUGUGACUUUCAAUCAAUGGACAGAAAUGUGCCAUCAUUUUUAGUUUUUGUGAUUUUAUCAAUUGCAUUUUAUGUAAAUAUAUCUGACCUAUUAUGUGACUAUUUAAUAAUACUCAAUAAAUGAUAAUUUUAUGA